CACACAGGAGAGAAACCUUAUGAAUGUAAACAAUGUGGAAAGGCUUUCACACAGAGUGGCCAUCUUACCAGACAUCAGACAAUCCACACUGGAGAGAAACCUUAUGAAUGUAAACAGUGUGGAAAGGCUUUCACAAGGAAGGGCUCUCUUUCUGCACAUGAGACAAUCCACACUGGAGAGGAACCUUAUGAGUGUAAACAGUGUGGAAAGGCUUUUACACGGAGGGACAGUCUUGUUGCACAUCAGAGAGUCCAUACUGGAGAGAAACCUUAUGAAUGUAAACAGUGUGGAAAGGCUUUCACACAAAGAAGCAAUCUUGCUAAACAUCAGAGAAUUCACACUGGAGAGAAACCUUUUGGAUGUAAACAAUGUGGAAAGGCUUUCACAGAGAGGGGCUCUCUUGCUGCACAUCAGAGGAUGCAUACUGGAGAGAAACCUUUUGGAUGUAAACUCUGUGGAAAGGCUUUUCCACGGAAGGGCUCUCUUGCAGCACAUCAGAGAAUCCACACUGGAGAGAAACCUUAUGAAUGUAAACAGUGUGGAAAGGCUUUUAUAGAGAGGGGCACUCUUGCAGCACAUCAGAGAAUCCACACUGGAGAGAAACCUUAUGAAUGUAAACAGUGUGGAAGGGCUUUUACAGAAAGGGGCUCUCUUGCUGCACAUCAGAGAAUCCACACAGGAGAGAAACCUUAUGAAUGUAAACUCUGUGGAAAGGCUUUUACACGGAAGGGCUCUCUUGUUCCACAUCAGAGAAUCCACACUGGAGAGAAACCUUAUGAAUGUACACAGUGUGGAAAGGCUUUUACUGAUAGGGGCUCCCUUGGUGCACAUCAGAGAAUCCAUCUUGGAGAGCAACCUUUUUGUGUGGAGUGUGUGGAGUGAAAAAUUAGUGGGUUAUUCUCAAGGUAAUAAUUAUUAAUUUCUAAGUUAAUAAAGCUGGUGCCCACCUGCACCUCCCAGUCAAGCUCCCUUCAAGGCAAAAUUACCCCACCUCCUACCCUUCCCUAUGCAGGACAAAAACUUUAUAGCCUUUAAGUGUUUUGGCUGUUCUUAAAUCCUGAAGUUCCCUUUUGUCUUAGAAGUUCUUCCCAUUGUAUCAUAGGCUUCCCCCAAGUAGUGAAGCCCAAUGGCUGGAAUGAUACUGGUGUAUCUGUUGUGAAACAUUAGCCCCUUCCAGAUAAUCCAGUCCCCAAACUCCCCUCUUUGUAUCUGUCUCCAAAUUCCUGUUCAUUUCUUUAACAUGUUAAUUUGUUUGAAUGUAUUCAUUGUAAACCUAUUCAACUUAAUAUUCCUGUCCUUUAUUUCUGGAUUUCAACCAUGUAAAAAUGUUAUAAUCCCUUCAGAGAGGCUUGAUUGUAUCAGAAUUUCCUAUAAAUAAGGGAUUUUUUCUGUGAAUUUUGGGGUUUUUUGUCUUAGGUCAGUGGCUUAAGAUAGUGCUCCACAUUUUCUCUCAAUAAAGCAUUGCAUCUUAA